AUGGAAGCCCGGGGGUGCGCGCGGUCCGGGCGGCCGCUGCCGGCGCUGCUGCUGCUGCUGCUGCUGCCGCCGGCCACGGGCGCUACAGGCGCUGCAGACGCGCGCUGGAGCGGGCAGGGCACCGUCCCGCACCUGCAGAGUAUCUUCCUGGGCCGCUGCGCGGAGUACAUUGCGGUGCUGAGCCCCGAGAGGCGGGACAAGAACUGCACAGCCAUCUGGGAAGCCUUUAAAUUGGUGCUGGAUAAGGAUCCCUGUUCUGUGCUUCCCUCAGAUUACGAUCUUUUUAUUAACCUCUCCAGGCACUCCAUUCCCAGAGACAAGUCCUUGUUCUGGGAAAACAACCACCUCCUUGUCACCAGCUAUGCGGAGAACGGCCGCCGCUUUAUGCCACUGUGCAAUGUUCUGUAUGGCAUGGUUGGAGAUUUCUUGAGCUGGUGUCGACAGAAAAAUGCCUCUGGACUCGACUACCAAUCCUGCCCUACAUCAGAAGAUUGUGAAAACAAUCCUGUGGAUUCUUACUGGAAAAGUGCAUCCAUCCAGUAUGCAAGGGAUAGUUCUGGGGUGAUCUAUGUCAUGCUGAAUGGUUCAGAGCCAACAGGAGCCUAUCCUGUAAAAGGGUUUUUUGCAGAUUUUGAAAUUCCCCACUUACAGAAGGAUAAAAUCACACGCAUUGAGAUCUGGGUUAUGCAUGAAAUCGGGGGAUCCAAUGUGGAAUCCUGUGGAGAAGGCAGUGUGAAAAUCCUGGAAGAGAGACUGGAGAAAAUGGGUUUCCAGUAUAGCUGUAUCGAUGACUACAAACCAGUGAAGCUCUUAAUGUGUGUGCAACACAGCACUCAUCCUGACUGUGCCUUAAAUUCAUUUGCUCCGAAGCAAUUCUCGGACCUAAUGUGUUGGACCUUUUGUGACUUCCUAGCCUGCCCUUACUCAGGAUGUGGACACCAGUUAGCCCUGCUCCCUGAAGCUACUGGUCAUGCUUUCCAGCUUCCAUAUAGAGCAGACACUUAGGUACCUGGUAGAAGAGUGGAUUCCUCCCUCCAAGCCAGGACACUCUGGGGACCACAGUGUGGUAGGACACUGGCUACACUGGGAGUGGAUGGGGCUGGGAACCAGGUCAAGCUCAGAAUGGGCUAA